AGCUUUUGCUCAAGUGGGCGGCAGUGCUCCGAUUUCGGCUACUGUGCAUGGCGCGGUCCCUCUUGCUGCUAUCGCCGGUGGUGGCCGUUCUCGCUCUGAACGGCCUGGGCGUAGAUCGGGAAUUGGCGUGGUAUCGGGUGUCAACAGCCCUCAAAGCCCUCCGAGCUAUCUACACCUUGCCCGAACAGGAUGUCACGGAUUUCCUGGACUCCUACAAGCUCUUCAGUCAAGAGCAGGUGACUGGAGGCAACAACGAGGCACAGAGCACCGUGAACUACUACAAGGUCCUGAACCACCUGUGCGCAGUUGGUGAUGUGGAGAAGAUGUACAUUCCGCCAGUGAUAGAUCCAAGCGUGGGCAUCUUCAAGAAUCAGCUGCUAUGGGAAGAGAGAGGGAUGGCAGACCGACUGAACAUCGGUCCAGGCUCCAAAGUCCUUGAUGUUGGGUGCGGGCGUGGCCGGGUGGCCCACCACAUGGCAAGCUACUCAGGGGCUGAUGUGACGGGCCUGAACAUCGACCGGACUCAGUUGGAGAUGGCCAAAGAGCAUGCCAACGUGACCGGCAUGGACAAGCGACUGACAUUUGUGCAUGGCAACUACAACGAUCCGUUGCCCUUUGCGGAUGCCACCUUUGAUGCCCUGUACCAGGUGCAAGUCCUCACGUACGCGAUCGACCCCGAGAAGCUGUUCAAGGAGAUGUUCCGGGUGCUGAAGCCCGGCGCCAAGCUGUCCUUCUUGGACUAUGUGCAGCUGCCAGCCUUCAACCCGUCUGACCCGAAGCAUGACGAUCUGCUGCGGAAGGUGAAACCAGUGCUUGGCGCCGUUUGGACGCCAAAGCCCUCAGACUUCACCGAUCCCUUGGAGAAGGCAGGCUUCAAGAUCCUGAUGAAUGAAGAGGCGAGCGUUGGCGGGCAUCAGUACCCCUUGAUUGAGAAGGCGGAGUCAUACUUCACUUCAGCACGCUAUGGCUUGAAAGCCCUGACGGCAGUGCGAUUAUUGCCGUCCCACUUCCUGACCCUCUUUGAUCGGCUUACGAAGGAUGGCGAGGCCUUUGUUGAGGCUGACAAGAUGGGGCUGUUCACCACCAGUUGGCAAAUCAUUGCGCAGAAGCCGGAGUAGAUUGCACAGAUGCGAGUCCCGAAUCGGCUCCAAUUGACCCAUUUGACCGCUUUUGCAUACAGAACUCGCCUGAGACCUAGCAUGGCAUGGCGGAGGGCUAACAAAUUUUCCCCUCAGCCCUUCCGUGGUGCGUGGCCUGUUUCGAAGCCGCAGGCUACAAAUGCGAAGCUUGAAGCUUGUGCACAUAGUAAUUAACGAGACACCGAGAAAGACAAUGCAC